AUGACCCCUUUAACUGCAAAGGGUUCUGAAGGCAUUAUUAAAUCUCUUCAGGUGGAUUUUGGGUUCCUCAAACAAUUGAUUCCACUGAAGUUUGAGGACCGUCUUAGAGAGGAAUCUUGCAGACUUUUCACUUCUCUACAUGACAGGAUCCUGACAAUCGAAAAACGUUACCAACAGAAUGAGGAUACCUUAAGAAAAUGCUACAAUCAGCAGCUGGCCGAUGCCAUAGCUACUAUCAAAGGAAUGUACCAGAAAUUCUUUGAGGUGGAAGAAGAGAAGACACCUGUGCAUGACGCAAUGACUGUCAAAAUGAAUAUUUUGUUAAAAAAACUGAAGGAGAAAGAAGAACUCAUUAAGGAAUUAAGAGAAGAACUGGACCAGUGUGAAGAAUUUGGAUCUCAAAAAGUUGACUCUUUUAUCAAAGACGACAGCCCUCUAAGAACAGCUCUGGAAAAGGAAAAUUUGGAGUACAAAGUGGAAAAUGAGAGACUGCUUCAAGUCAUUUCAGAACUCGAAGAAGACAUCCGACUCAAUCUAAAAGAAAAUUCAUUAUUAGAAGAUGAAAUUAUAAGUCUGAAAGAGAUGGCAGAAAAGGAUCAUAAAACCAUUCAAAAGCUAAUCAAUGGCAGAGACAAAUUACUAUGUGAGCUUGAGUUUGAAAAAUCAUUAGUGCAAGAAAUGGUUAAUAAACAGAAAGCGGACCUUGAAAUGACAAGAAAGUUGGAUGCCAUAGUCGCCAAGAGCCCCAGAGCCAUCAAGGAGAAAGAAACCACCUUGUCCCCGUGGCCCUCACAGCCCGGGAGUGCAGGCGCUCCGAGGCCACGUUCUUCCUUCACCGUUUCAUUGCCUUCUAAGGCCAAAAGAGUCAAGAGUCCAAAGAAGGCUUCAAAGGAAGAGCAUCCUAUGGUUAGACAUGGAAUACCUGCUGCGAUGCAUAGAGAAAAAGCGAGACUACCAGUGGCUAAGAUUGAAGAAGAGAAACGUGGUUUGGAAGAGCAAAUACAAAUGUUAAAGGCUAAGUUAGAGAAAGAGAAAAAGAAGUCGGAGAGGGUUAAGAAGGAAUCAGAUCAGAUCAACAAAAACUGGGAAAAGAAAUUCUUCAUUCUCAGGAACAGCUUUCACGUCCUUAAGAACGAGAUGUUUACUAGACACACAUUGUCCCGUCAGUUUGGAGUGCUGACUGACACAUCCUUCAAUUAUGUUAAAGCUAAACCUUUAUUUGUGCAAUCCAAAGUGAAAUUGAUAACAGCGUCAACAUCUUCUGCAAAUGUUUAUCAUGCAUCUUCGGAAGUCGAACUGAUUUGCUGCCAACUGAUCCCAUAAAGGAGAACCAGGAAACCUCAAAGAGGAUUUUAAAUUUCCUCAAAGGAGGUCCGCUCCGACAUAGGCACGGGACUCCCAGAGUAUCUUAAACGCUGUAAACAAUUCUUCAGUAAGUGUGGAAACUCUUUGGACUAGUGCUUCCAGGUAAGGAUCAAGAUGAAGAUUUACAUAUCUAUUCUUUCCGGAAUGUCAGGUACCAUUUCCCGAAAGACCGGUUUGCUUUCUUCUCGGCGCAGUGGUCAAUUGGGUCCUUUCUGUUCCCUUGACUACAAGUCAGGCCCAGUCUGCAGCCCAGUUUCAAGAUAGUAGGCUCUGGAUUGCAGAUUUCUAAAGCUGUUUAUUAAAUCUCAGGAAGUAUAUUCGUGGUAGCCGCCACAUAAAGCCGAUAUACCCUGGUGCAGAUGAAAGCUACAGAGGCGAUUUAUUUGUGCGUAAAAGGCACUGGAUUUAAUUGGAGAGAGACGUGUUCAACUCGAGGACAUGGGGUGGCAUAGCGCGGUGGAGCAUUAUUCGAGCUUCAUCUGCUAUGCACUGUAUGCCACCGUCCCCAGAGCAGUGUUGCCCUAGAAACUUGUUUUAAAUCUGCGGCUAUAUAUCAACACCUUUUUUUAGCAGUCCUUGGCUGAAUUACAGUUACACAGUUUGGCGCUUCUUUCAAAUUUCCUCCCAUCAGUUUGGCUAAAGAAAGGAAUUUUUCUCCUUUAGAAAUGAAUUGGCUUAAUUAGUAAGUAGAUUAAUGGCAAUUGCUGGUGAGUUGGUUUCCAGCAGAGUUUCACCAGAGAGGGUUAAUCGGAGUCAGGUCUGGAAUCUUUCCCAGAACUGGCUGCCAGCCACUUCCACCAACCAAUCAACCCUACAAGAAACGGAGGAAAUGAAAUAGAACUUAUAUUCUCCGUGCUAUCAUCCUGGACAGUGAAAUCCCUUGGAGACAGCCUCCUGGCUGGGUGUAGAAUAGACUGUUUCAUUUCAGAAUUUUCACAGAAACCUUGAAAAGUUUCACCUUCAAGAUUUAUCUGGGUACCAAAGCGGAAUUUCACAUGGCACAAUGAGUGUCUCCACAGAACGCUGAGGGCACAUUGGAAAUGCCUGAGGCUUUUAAGUCAAUUUCAGGUUUUACAGAUGUUGCACAAACCUCCUAAGUCCCACCCUAGAUCUCAUCUACCAGAAGUCUUUACAAAGUUUAGCUGUAUGUUUUGCAGCCUUUUCACUUAUUUUUUCCAUAGUGAUAAAAAAUGCAUUCAUAGUUUAACUUGCAGCUGCAUUACUCUUGCAAAAAAAAAAAAAAAUCCCUGCUGAGAAAUGCAUAUAAUAGGAAAAACAGAUCGGCUGGACAGCAGUGUAAUUAAUGCCAGAAAGGGCUGAGGCCGGUUUCAUAGUUUGUCUUUUGAGGAUAUCACGACGAGACCUGGUGAAAAAUGACGCAUGCUUUAGCAUUUCAGAAAGCUGGCAACGGGCAGCGCUUUUCCUUUUUUCUUUGACUUUCUGCCUCAGAACAAAGAGGUCGGCAGAACUAGCUAGGUUGUAAUGAGUUCUAUGUCCCUAGCACAUUAAGUGCAUCAUGGAAACAUAUUGUAUCGAAAUAGUUUGGAGGAGAAUACCGGGGAUGAAAGAGAAUGGGUGCUUUGAUCAGCUCCCUGGGGUCCUGAGCGCGCACAGACUGACUUGCAAGGCGUUAUUCAGCUGGAGCUAGACACACUUACAACACCAUUCAAAGAAAUUUGCAUAUCUGUAAUUUAUCACAUUGGUCCAGAACAUU